AUGUGUGAGGAAGAGGACAGCACUGCCCUCGUUUGUGACAAUGGGUCGGGGCUCUGCAAAGCCGGCUUCGCUGGAGACGAUGCUCCAAGAGCAGUUUUCCCAUCCAUUGUGGGUCGUCCCAGGCACCAGGGUGUGAUGGUUGGUAUGGGUCAAAAAGACAGCUAUGUGGGUGAUGAGGCUCAAAGCAAGAGAGGAAUCCUGACCCUGAAGUACCCCAUAGAGCACGGCAUCAUUACAAACUGGGAUGACAUGGAGAAGAUCUGGCAUCACUCUUUCUAUAACGAGCUCCGGGUUGCACCUGAAGAGCACCCGACUCUGCUGACUGAAGCACCGCUGAAUCCCAAAGCCAACCGCGAGAAAAUGACUCAGAUUAUGUUUGAGACAUUCAAUGUGCCAGCCAUGUAUGUAGCUAUUCAAGCCGUUCUGUCCCUCUAUGCCUCUGGGCGUACCACAGGGAUCGUGCUCGACUCUGGGGAUGGUGUCACCCACAACGUGCCAAUCUAUGAAGGCUACGCCCUGCCACAUGCCAUCAUGCGUCUGGACCUGGCUGGCCGGGACCUGACAGACUACCUCAUGAAAAUCCUCACGGAGCGUGGGUACUCCUUCGUGACCACUGCGGAGCGUGAAAUUGUCCGUGACAUCAAGGAAAAGCUCUGUUAUGUGGCCCUGGACUUUGAAAAUGAGAUGGCCACUGCUGCAUCUUCCUCCUCUCUGGAAAAAAGCUAUGAGCUUCCUGAUGGUCAGGUGAUCACCAUUGGAAAUGAACGCUUCCGGUGCCCAGAGACCCUCUUCCAGCCAUCUUUCAUUGGCAUGGAGUCUGCUGGCAUUCAUGAAACCACUUACAACAGCAUCAUGAAAUGUGACAUAGACAUCAGAAAGGAUCUUUAUGCCAAUAAUGUGCUGUCUGGAGGCACCACAAUGUACCCGGGUAUUGCAGACAGGAUGCAGAAGGAAAUAACUGCUCUGGCUCCUAGCACCAUGAAGAUCAAGAUCAUUGCCCCUCCUGAACGCAAGUACUCGGUCUGGAUUGGAGGUUCUAUUCUUGCUUCCCUCUCUACUUUCCAGCAGAUGUGGAUCAGCAAACAGGAAUAUGAUGAAGCUGGCCCAUCCAUUGUUCACCGCAAAUGCUUUUAA